AUGAUUGCAGGGCUAGUGAACGCGCCUGCAGUUCCCGCUUCCCCAGCCACGUCGUCGGCGACGCCCACAUCGACGCCGCCGUCCAGUGGCACGGUGCUGCCGCCGCCCCCGCGACUGCUGACCACCAUCCCGUCCUCUGGGGAGGCUGAGCUGCUGGAGGAGGAGGCGGAGGAGGAGGAGCGUGCCGCGCUGCUGCCUCCACAGACCGCGCUCACCACCACCACCACAGCCACGAAACCCACCACCACGCCCUGCUAUGCCGUCCUCCAUACUGGGCCGCCACACACGACCAAGGUGGUGGUCACGACGACGCCGGACCCGCGGCUGUGCCCGCUGGCGCCGCCGCCGCGCAGCGCCUCCACGUCGUCGUCGUCUUCCUCGGCGUCGGCGUCAGCGUCGUCGGCGCGGCCGGCGCCCACGUCCUGA